GGUAACCGCUGUGGGGAUCAAUACCGAAUGGGGAUUGUUAAUGUCCAAUAUUUCAGAGGACAACAUUGAAGAAACUCCGUUGCAGGUUCGCUUGAAUGGUGUUGCUACUCUAAUUGGCGUAGGAGGGCUCAUUGUUGCAGCUUUGGUUCUUUCUGUCCUAAUGAUCAGAUACUUUACUGGUCAUACUGUGAAUCCUGAUGGAAGUGUUCAGUUUGUCCGGGGGCAGAGUAGUUUGAAAAGUGCAAUUAAUGGGCUCGUUAAGAUUCUGACGGUUGCAGUGACGAUUGUGGUUGUUGCUGUACCUGAAGGGCUGCCAUUGGCUGUUACUUUGGCUCUUGCAUACUCAAUGCAAAAAAUGAUGGCAGACAAGGCCUUGGUGCGGAGGCUUUCUUCUUGUGAAACCAUGGGAUCAGCUACUACAAUCUGUAGUGAUAAAACUGGAACUCUAACCCUGAAUCAGAUGACUAUCGUGGAGGCACAUGUUGGAGGAAGAAAGCUUCUUAAUCCAGAGAAAAUUGAGGACUUUUCUUCUUCUUUACAUUCUCUAUUAGUUGAAGGCAUUGCACAGAAUACAACUGGCAAUGUAUUUGAGCCAGAGGAUGGAGAGCCUGUUGAAGUUACUGGUUCACCCACUGAGAAGGCAAUACUUUCUUGGGGAGUCAAGCUGGGAAUGAAGUUUGGUGAUGUAAGAUCGAGAUCUACAAUUCUUCAUGUCUCUCCUUUUAACUCAGUGAACAAACGAGGAGGCGUUGCAGUACUGUCGGGCUCUGAAGUUCAUUUGCAUUGGAAGGGAGCUGCUGAGAUAAUUUUAGCCUCAUGCACGAGUAUGAUGGAUUCAGAGGGUCAGCUGGUGGGAAUGACAGAAGAUAAGAUGGAUGCUUUUAAAAAGUGUAUUGAAGAUAUGACAUCUGUUAGCCUCCGCUGUGUUGCUUUUGCAUACAAUUUAUAUGACAUGAAAAAUGUGCCCGGUGAAGAAGCGAGAGGCGACUGGAUGUUACCAGACAACAAUUUAGUUCUACUUGGCAUUGUAGGGAUGAAGGAUCCUUGUAGGCCUGGUGUCAGAGAUGCGGUGGAGCAAUGCAGUAGAGCCGGUGUCAAGGUACGUAUGGUCACUGGAGAUAACCUUCAGACAGCCAAAGCAAUUGCUUUAGAGUGCAGAAUUCUUCAAUCAGAAGAAGAAGCAAUAGAGCCAACUAUAAUAGAAGGACAAGUUUUCCGUGCCUAUUCUGAGAAAGCUAGAGAAGAAAUUGCUGAAAAGAUAACUGUAAUGGGAAGGUCCUCUCCCAAUGACAAACUUCUACUUGUACAAGCUUUAAAGAAAAAGGGUCAUGUGGUUGCUGUUACUGGAGACGGUACUAAUGAUGCUCCUGCCUUGAAUGAGGCUGAUAUUGGUCUUUCAAUGGGAUUGAUGGGAACUGAGGUUGCAAAAGAAAGCUCUGACAUAAUUAUCCUUGAUGACAAUUUUACAUCAGUUGUGAAGGUUGUCCGGUGGGGUAGAUCAGUGUCUGCAAAUAUCCAGAAGUUUAUCCAGUUCCAGCUCACAGUCAAUGUUGCAGCACUUGUGAUUAAUGUGGUUGCAGCUGUUUCAUCUGGUGAUGUUCCUCUAAAUGCUGUUGAGCUUUUGUGGGUUAAUCUCAUCAUGGACACUCUUGGAGCGCUUGCAUUAGCAACUGAACUACCAACAGACCAUCUGAUGAAGAGACUACCUGUUGGUCAAAGGGAGCCGCUUAUAACAAAUGUGAUGUGGAGAAACGUUGUAGUACAGGCUGUUUACCAAGUGACUAUUCUCCUUGUUCUUAACUUUGGUGGAAAGAGUCUUCUUAAUUUGACGAAUGAAACGCAAGAAUAUGCGGCAAAAGUUAAAAACACUUUCAUAUUUAAUACUUUUGUCUUUUGCCAGAUUUUUAAUGAGUUCAAUGCUCGGAAACCGGAUGAGAUUAAUAUCUUCGACGGGGUUACACAAAAUCGGCUUUUUAUGGGAAUAGUAGGGAUGACAUUUCUUCUUCAGAUUUUGAUCAUUGAGUUUCUAGGGAAGUUCACUUCAACUGUGAGGCUCAGCUGGCAGUUAUGGUUGGCUUCUAUGGCAAUUGCUUUAUUAAGUUGGCCGCUCGCUUUUGUUGGAAAGUUCAUUCCAGUACCAGAGAUUCCUCUUCAGGAUCUUUGCCGGGGUUUUUUCAGAAGACAAAAGUGUGAACCUGAAGGUUUGUUAUCUCAGCAUUCUGCAGGUGAUGAAACUUGUAAACCAGAAGAAAUUUAACUGACAAGUCUAGAUAACAGGCAAAUGUCUAUUCAACCAGUAAUUUUGCAUAAUUGUGAGUCCAAUAUCUUGUUCAAUUACACAUAUAAUCAGUUAUAAAUGUGUUGUGUAUCAGCCUUGUAACAUGCAUGGCUAACUAUUUUGCUCCAGGACAUCAUUAAGUAAAAGAAAUGAAAUGCAAUUCCGGUUAUUUAUUGUUUGAUUAAA